AUGGGUCACCAGCAACUCUACUGGAGUCAUCCAAGAAAAUUCAGCCAGGGUUCUCGUUCUUGCUGUGUCUGCUCAAACCGGUACAGUCUGAUCUGGAAAUAUGGCCUCAAUAUGUGCCGUCAGUGUUUCCCUCAGUAUGCAAAGGACACUUGCUUCAUUAAGUUGGACUAA